CAGGGGGCGCCCUGGGCCUGAGCGCCGCCGUCCCCGACCUGCGCGUCCCGCAGGCUCGGUGCGCAGCCCCUGCGCUCCGGAGAUUUAGGGGAGCGCGCGGGUGUGUGCGGCGGUGACAGAGGUUCCCAGGAAGGCGCCGAGGACGGUGCGCGACGCUGGAGCUGCGCGGACCGUGAGGGCCAUGGCCGCGCCGACUCGGUUACCUCUGACUUUUGAAGAUGUGGCCAUUUAUUUCUUGGAGGAAGAAUGGCAGGAUCUAGAGGUGUGGCAGAAGGAGCUUUACAAUGAUGUCAUGAAGACCAAUUAUGAGACUUUUGUCUCUCUAGGUGGUGCCCUUCCCAAACCAGAACUCAUUUCCUGGAUUGAACAGGGAAGAGAGCCCUGCAGGAGCUGGGGAGAAUCACAACAUCCAGGAAACGUGGCUCUCUCCUCUGCUGACCUGCACUUUGAUCCCAUUAUGGAGGGACACCUGUUUGGAGUUUCAGGAAACCUGCAAACUGUGAAACCAAGAGAAACUAAAUGUCAUCUCCAGUUAGGUCUUCUUCAGAGCCAGUCUUCCUCUGGAUCUGAAUUUUUAGGAGAAAGUCCUGACCCAGGCCUCGUCUCCAUGAAGCAAAAGAGACAAAACACACAUGUCCAGGCUGCAGUGACCAAUGAUUCUGCCCAACGAGAGGGGAUCCCAAAUCACAGUGCCCUGGUACUCCCAGGCUUGGGGGAAGCCCCCUCCUGGAAAAGCACCCAGCACCCUUGCCCUGCCUGCGGGGAAAGCUUUUGGGAAAAGAACCACUUAGUAAGGCACCAGAAGUGCCACUCCAAGGACCGAUCACCUAGGGAUAGGGCAUGGCAGAAGUUCAACAAGCGAGCUGAGGCACAGCCGCUGCAGGGGACCCAGGGUCGCUUCCAGUGCCUAGAGUGUGGGCAGCGCUUCCGCCUGAAGCGGUGUUUGCGGAGACAUAUGGGCACCCACAUGAGGAAAAACCCGUGCCAGUGCCCCCCGUGUAAACUGUGUGCCCAACAGGAGCAGAUCCGACCCGGGCACAAAGAGGAGAAUCCUUCCCACAGCCGGAAGUGUGGCGAGGAUCUUGCCAUACAGUGCGCGCUUGCAGAGCACACGCAGCUGCAUGCCAGGGAGCCACCUUUUCCCUGUGCCCAAUGCGGCAGGAGCUUCCGCCAGCAGAGGCAGCUGCAGCGCCACCAGCAGCGGCACACAGAAGAAAAGCCCUUCCAGUGCCCGCAGUGCACGCUAAGCUUCCGCCUACAGAGGGCGCUAAGAGCCCAUGCACGGGAGCACUACGGGGAGCAGCCGUUCUCCUGCAGCGAAUGUGGCCGCGGCUUUGCACACCACUGCAGGCUCCUUGAGCACCUGCGUGUGCACAGCGGGGAGCGGCCCUUCGUGUGCCCGGAGUGUGGCAAGCGCUUCCGCCUCAAGGGCCUCCUGACGAUGCACCAGCGCACGCACAGCACCAGGCGUCCCUUCUCAUGCCCACAGUGUGCCAAGGGCUUUGCGCAUCCGUCCAAGCUCACUGAGCACCUGCGUGUGCACAGCGGCGAGCGCCCCUUCCGCUGCCUGGAGUGCGACCGUGGCUUCCGCUUGAAGGGGCAGCUACUCAGCCACCAGCGCCUACACACGGGCGAGAGGCCUUUCCAGUGCCCGGAGUGCGACAAGUGCUACCGCGUGAAGGCAGACAUGAAGGCGCACCAGCUGCUGCACCGCGGGGAGAUGCCCUUCUCCUGCGCCUGUGGCAAGGGUUUCGCCAAGCAAUCCAAGCUCACCGAACACAUCCGCACACACACAGGGGAGAAACCCUUCCAGUGUCCCACCUGUAAUAAGCGUUUCCGCCUGAAGGCGCAGCUGCUCAGCCACCAAGGCCUGCACACUGGAGAGAGACCCUUCCGCUGUCCUGAGUGUGACAAGAACUUUCGAGAGAGGGGACACAUGCGGAGGCAUCAGCGCAUCCACAGGCCGGAAAGGCCCUUUGCCUGUGACGAUUGCGGAAAGGGCUUCAUCUAUAAGUCCAAGCUGGCUGAGCACAUCAGGGUGCAUGCCAAGGCCUGUCGGGCUCCCAGUGAGUCUGAUGUUAAAAAAAGGCUUAGCCAACUGUUGGCCAUGAUCGAGGCUGACUGGAGCUGAGGUCUGAAAUCCAAAGCCUCCGCGGCCAGGGACAGCGCCCCAUAGACAAGUCUUGAGCAGAGGUCCUUAUUUGGCAGGAACGCACAAAAUCAGUAGCCACUAUCUUGCCUGGCUUUUGAUAAAAAGAAAUAGAUUUGUUCUUCCUCCCGACUGGGGUAGCAUUUGACCCAAAUGUUAAGCUAACAAUAAUGUGUCAGCUUGAAUUAAAACCGAAGGAAGUUCCGAUACCAUUCUCAAAGCUGAAAGUGCAGGGCUGGCUAUUAAAUGCCACUUUGACUUUAUUUCUUUUCAGAGGAUUAUCCUGAACUGUGGGUUAAGUCCAGUGAAUUUUGUUUUCAGUCUGGCCUGAAAUGCUCAUGUAUCUGGUUUGCAUCCAUUUAUUUUGAAAUAUAGAUGAAUUACCUGAAUCUCUGUUUAUGGAAAUGCUGAAGUUUCUCGGCUCCAUGAUGCUUUUGCAUAAUAAAAUGUUGAUAAUUCUAGCAAAA